AUGUCUGAUUGUGAGAGUUCUCGAAGUGAUAGGAGAAGUAAUAGACCUGAAGGUAGAAGCAAUUCACCUGCCCUGGCCAGACAGGAACCAGCUUCAGCACAAGUUGUUGCCCUAGUUUUAUGUCAUAUAAGGGAGUUAGCUCAUCAAUCAGGCCGGCUAAGUUUGGAUGCAAAAAAACUCCUUGAUGCGUUGGACUUCAACCAAAUUGUUAUCUUUGUCAAAAGUGUGAAUCGGGCAUCUGAGUUGAAAUGGUUACUUGUGGAGUGCAAUUUUCCAUCUAUAUGCAUCCACUCUGUUAUGUCCCAGGAAGAAAGGUUAACUUGCUACAAGGGUUGUAAGGAGGGGCAUAAAAGAAUUCUUGUGGCUACAGAUUUGGUUGGAAGGGGAAUUGACAUUGAAUGUGUUAACAUUGUCAUCAACUAUGACAUGCCAGAUUCUGCUGAUACAUACCUGCACAGGGUUGGUAGAGCUGGUCGGUUUGGCACCAAGGGUCUUGCAAUUACAUUUGUUUCAUCUGCUUCUGAUUCUGAUGUGCUGAAUCAGGUCCAAGAGAGGUUUGAGGUGGAUAUAAAGGAGCUUCCCGAGCAGAUUGGUACAGCCACGUACAUGCCAUCAUAAAUGGAACAAUACCAGUCUUCGGGGC